UUGCUGCGCUUUUAUACACUUUGACCGUGUUUGACGUGAAGUGGCCUUGUUGUUGGCUGCCUUGGGGCUGUGUGUGUGUGGAUCCUCACCAGAAUGGCAUCCAAGGCUGACUAUUCACCGACUGUCGCCCUGUUUGUUCACUUACUUAUUGUACACCUGACCGAGCUCUCUCUCUUUUAAAAUAUUUUUGAUUCCUUCAUAGUAAUCACAUAGGUGUCCCAGAUUCUAACUCUCAAGUGAAGACUGCUCACCAUGAACAUGGACGAUCAAGACGACAGCCAGCCAUCCCAGGACAGUGUCCUGACAGCCAUCGACGACAACCGCACGGAAAUCAUCUAUUUCGCCUAUGGCUCCAACCUCUCCUCGCACCAGAUGCUCCAGCGCUGCCCCAACUCCAUGCCCAUCGGUCUGGGCCACCUCCCCGGCUACAAGUGGAUCAUCAACGAAAGGGGGUACGCAAACAUUGUCAGCGCCGAUGUACCUCCUCCCUCCUUGGCAGGUCCAGCUGAUCCCGUUGUCUCCUCACAAGGAGGCGUCUAUGGGCUUCUCUACUUGCUGCCACCACAGGACGAGGAUGAACUGGACUUUUACGAGGGCGUGCCGUGGGCGUACGGCAAGGUGCAUGUCGCCGUGCAGCGUGUGACGGACGAGGAAGGGCGGAGAAUGGAGCCGCCGCAAGAUCUGACGGCGCUGGCGUACAUUGAUGCGCAGCGCGUGGUGGGCGACGUGCCCAACCAGGAGUACAUUGGGAGGAUGGAGCGGGGGAUCAAACAGGCCGUCGAGGAGUGGGGGAUGGACAAGACGUACGCGGAGGGCAUGCGCGGCUGGCUGGGGACCAUGUCGGUGGUGGAAGGCAAGAAGCUUCGCGUUGCGAAUGAGUGAAAGCCAGGAAGGAACUGAGGGAGCCAGGCAGGAACUACUCCUCUCCUGCAAGGGGUGGCCUUUGUUGACCUUCCUCUGGGUGCGAGACUCUGUUGUUGAUCACUUCACAAGCAUCUCACUUAUCAAGCAU